AUGAAUUGCCUGAUAAAAAGGGUUAUCUUGAUAGGCUACUGGGUUCAUACCCCAUUUAUAAAGGUUAUAAUCCUUUUCUUUUUAAUUUUUAAUAAUUCAUCAAAAAUUUUAUUUAUUACAGUCAUAAUUAUUGGAACAUUAAUUACAGUUACAUCUAACUCUUGGUUAGGAGCUUGAAUAGGUCUUGAAAUUAAUUUGUUGUCUUUUAUUCCCCUAUUAAGAGAUAAUAAUAAUUUAACAUCUACUGAAUCUUCUUUAAAAUAUUUUUUAACCCAAGCUUUAGCAUCAACUGUUUUAUUAUUUUCAGUAAUUUUAUUAAUAUUAAAAAAUAAUUUUAAUAAUGAAGUUAAUGAAUCUUUUACUUCUAUAAUAAUUAUAUCAUCAUUAUUAUUAAAAAGAGGAGCGGCUCCGUUUCAUUUUUGAUUCCCAAAUAUAAUGGAAGGUUUAAAUUGAAUAAAUUCUUUAUUAUUAAUAACUUGACAAAAAAUUGCUCCUUUAAUAUUAAUUUCUUAUUUGAAUAUUAAAGAACUUUUAUUAAUUAGAGUAAUUUUAUCAGUAAUUGUUGGAGCUAUCGGCGGGUUAAAUCAAACUUCUCUACGAAAAUUAAUAGCUUUUUCUUCAAUUAAUCAUCUAGGAUGAAUAUUAAGUUCUUUAAUAAUUAGAGAAUCAAUUUGAUUAGUUUAUUUUUUAUUUUACUCUUUUUUAUCUUUUAUUUUAGCAUUUAUAUUUAAUAUUUUUAAAUUAUUUCAUUUAAAUCAAUUAUUUUCUUGAUUUGUUAAUAGAAAAAUUUUAAAAUUUACAUUAUUUAUAAAUUUUUUAUCUUUAGGAGGGUUACCACCAUUUUUAGGAUUUUUACCUAAAUGAUUAGUAAUUCAACAAUUAACUUCUUGUAAUCAAUAUUUUUUAUUAACUGUAAUAAUAAUAUCAACUUUAAUUACUUUAUUUUUUUAUUUACGAAUUUGUUAUUCAGCUUUUAUGCUAAAUUACUUUGAAAAUAAUUGAAUGAUAACAUUAAAUAUAAAUAAUUUUAAUAUAAAUUUAUAUUUAAUUUUAACAUUUUUUUCAAUUUUUGGAUUAAUUUUGAUUUCAUUAUUUUUUUUUAUACUUUAAGGCUUUAAGUUAAUAAAACUAAUAGCCUUCAAAGCUGUAAAUAUGGGAGUAUCCUUUAAGCCUUAGUAAAUUUAUUACUCCUUCAAAAUUGCAGUUUGAUGUCAUUGUUGACUAUAAGACCUAAUAUUUGUUAUGAUUUUGAUUAAGAAGAAUUUUUCUUAUAAAUAGAUUUACAAUCUAUCGCCUAAACUUCAGCCACUUAAUCUAA